UUAUUGUACACGUGAUGAAUACUGCAGCUAGCCCAAUGUCUACUGCCACUUCAAGUAGUGGAAGAAGUACAGGGAAGUCUAUAAGCUUUGCAGCAGAAUUACAGAGUAUGAUGUUUUCUUUAGGUGAUGCUAGGAGGCCUCUUCAUGAAACAUCACUUUUGAUAGAAGAUGUGGUACACACUCAGUUAAUUAAUUUGUUACAGCAAGCUGCUGAAGUUUCUCAACUGCGGGGAGCAAGGGUAAUCUCUCCUGAAGAUCUUCUGUUUUUGAUGCGUAAGGAUAAGAAAAAACUUAGAAGACUGCUAAAAUAUAUGUUUAUUCGAGACUACAAAUCAAAGAUUAUCAAAGGCAUAGAUGAAGAUGAUCUUCUAGAAGACAAGUUGAGCGGCAACAAUAAUAUGAACAAAAGACAAAAAAUUGCUCAGGACUUUCUCAACUCUAUUGAUCAGACAGGAGAACUUUUGGCAAUUUUUGAAGAUGAUGAAAUUGAUGAAAUUAAGCAAGAAAGAAUGGAG